GCCGGCGCGGCCCGCGGAACCGCCGAGUCUGGGUUGGCUCUGCCGGUCCUUCCAGUGCCGAGCGCCUGGGGAGGGCCGCCAACGGCGCUGCCGCCGCCGCCUCGCCGCAAACAGCCUUUCUGCUCCUUCUCGCUAGACCGGCCUUUCACUCAUUGGGGUAGACUCGCCCGCGUGGUGUAAUCGUAGCUUGAGCAGCGAGUGCCAAAAUGCUGGUGGCGGUGUGUUGAGAAGAGAUGUGUGUAGUCGUUCAAGGUCCAGGUGCCUAAAUUGUGAGCAGAGGCGAAGGGUAAGAUGAGAAAACCUUCGCCUCCGUGGGGACUUGUGAACCGAUCCGAAGAGACAGACCCCAGAAUCCGGGUUCUAGGAAACCUUGUCCUGAAGCUGGGACUCGGGCGCACCUGCGAGUCCCGCUUCUGCUGCCAGGAGGCGCUGCGGUCCGCCGCCCCUGCCGGAGAUGCGCGCGCAGGGAGAAGGCGGUGCCCGCCCGACGAGACGCGCACGCCGAGAAGAGGCGGAGCCUGUGGGGCAAGAUGGCGCCGUCCUCGGUCCUGCGCCCGUUCUCUCGGCUGCUGGCCCCUGCCCGGCUGCCGAGCUGCUCUUCAACACGGUCCAAGUUCUAUGUCCGGGAGCCGGAAAAUGCCAAACCUAACUGGCCGAAAGUUGGGCUGGCCUUGGGCACCUCGGUUUUCCUGUGGGUUUAUCUCAUCCAACAACAUAAUGAAGACGUUUUGGAGUAUAAAAGAAGAAAUGGAUUGGAAUAAACUUUGGCAAUGUUAAUAUAGUCUGCUUCAGAUGAUGAUCAUGGUCGUUCCGCUGGAUUCACCCAUCUGUUGAGUUAUGGGUAUGAGGGGAAAAGUUAUAUAUGAAUGUGUAUCAGUUAACAUGUGCAUUUUACAUUAUUGAACAAAUAAAAAUACUUAAUGUUCUUCACAUGUA